UUUAAGAAACAAAUUCUAGUCUGGGAACACCUCAAUUUUUUGUGAGCAGGUAACUUUACUAGUUCAACCCGCUCUAUAAGUUCUCUCAUUUUCUUAAAUAAACACCAGAAACACAUGAUGUCGUUCUGUAGGAAACAUGGUUAACUACCUAAUGCGUCAGCUAAUCAUUAGCUGCGGGCGCAGACUGAAUUUACUCCAGCUCCACCUUGUCCAAAUACAGUCACUUCUGGCUGAAGAAAAACAAUCAUGGCGACUAAAAAACUGUCAAACUCUUCCAUUAGGUUGUCGACAAACCAAGGGGUGAAGUCAAAUUGGUUUUCUCCGUUGUGUAUAUAUAGGCUAUACAGUUUAUGGUGACUGAUUAGGAAGUAAUAUACUCUGUUUGUUCUGCUGUAUGAGAACACAGAGAGAUGUUCUCUGGUGUUUUAUCUCUCCUGUUUAUGAUUGGUCUGAGCUCUUCUGUUUUCACAGUUCAUUGGAAACAAACUGCACUCUACCUGUACUGAAGCCUGAUCACAGCUCUCCUUCAUAGGCUACAGGAUCUGCCAGAGAGUAACUACACAUUCCCCUGAACAAAGACCACGAUUAGUCAGGACAAACAGACUCUCACCACUCCUUACAGAAACAGAGCAGGAAUCCAUCAGUUUAUACCUGCUGGAUUUGGACUCAGUGUGGACCUGGUUUUUAGUGGACCUGGUUUGGAUAAGAAAUUCAGCGCCCAAGGAUCCGGACUAUCCUGGCCUUAAUCUGACGAUGCAAUGCAAGCUUCAAAGGGCAGAUGUGUGACUGUGAUCCUGCUGACGACUCUGCUGCUGAUGGGGAUGCUGUAUGUCUACUUUGGCCCGCCACUAAGAAAAGAGGUCGUCAUAAGUAAUCAUGAGUUCCACCUGGUGUCUCCUGACCACCAACGCUGGGACGAAAGAAUCAAGAAGCUUUGGGACUACAAUCAUCUGAGGUACCCACAGCCCAGCAUCGUAAAAGGUCGUACUGAUGUGGUGACUCUGACGCCCUGGUUGGCUCCUGUGGUCUGGGAGGGAACAUUUAACCCGGAUCUUCUCGACAGCAUCUACCAGCAACAGGACAUUAGCGUAGCAGCCACAGUGUUUGCUGUUGGGAAGUACAUCAUGUUCCUGAAGAACUUCCUGGAGACAGCAGAGGAGUACUUCUUUGUUGGUUUCAAGGUGCACAUUUACGUAUUCACUGACCGCCCAGAUGAAGUGCCCCAAGUCAAGAUGGCCCCCGGCAGACAGCUGACAGUGCUCCCGGUGCCCAGCUCCAACCGCUGGCAAGAGAUCUCGGCUCGCAGGAUGGAACUCAUUCAGAAGCUAAUCGAGGAGAGGCUACAGGGCCACGGGAAAUACAUCUUCUGCCUCGAUGUGGACUCCAAAUUCCACGGCCGCUGGGGAACCGAGUCGCUCGGUGGACUGGUGGCUGUAAUACACCCAGGUUACUACUGGGAUCCUCGCAGCAACUUCCCAUAUGAGCGGAGACCUCAAUCGAGAGCCUAUGUGGCAGAAGAGGAGGGGGACUUCUACUACUGUGGUGGGGCGUUCGGAGGCAGCCUGGAGGAAGUCCUCCUACUCGCCAAAACCUGCCGUUCAAACUUCGAGGCUGAUGCCAAGGAAGGCAUUGAGGCUGCUUGGCAGGAAGAGAGUCAUCUGAACAGGUACAUGUGGAUCAAUAAGCCCAGUAAGGUUCUGUCACCUGAAUACCUUUGGCAGGACUUCAAAUCCAGAAACUCUGAGAUCCACAUCAUCAGGUUUUCGGGCGUCGUCAAGAACUACGCAGAAAUCCGACCCAACGCCUGAAAGUCCCGACUCAACCAGACACGACCUGAAUAGACCAGUCUGGAUUGGAUUGGUCUGGACUUGAUUUAAAGCACUUACUACCUUACUAAGGAACCAAAGUUAUGGUUUUAAAUGAUUUUGAAGGAUUCUGCAUACCUCCCAUAACGGGUUCAUGGCUGCCUGUCACACACGAAGCAAACCAACAAUCCAUCCUCAAACCAAUUUCUAGUUACAUGAUUCCAAGCAGCUCUUUUAUUUGACCUUAAUAUAGCCAGGUGAGUCCCACUGAGAUCAGAGGUCUCUUUUCUAAGGGAGACCUGGGGGAUGUACCAUGAAGUGAGAUUAGAGGGUAAACCGGGUCUGGUGAGACUGAAGUCACAGUUUUCCGUAUUAUGGAGCUGGCUCCCUUUCAACCUGGCUAGAUCACCAUGGUAACUUACUCCAAACUCAAACACUGGUCUAGGGACUAGGUUAGUUUCAGAAUAAUUAAGUUUAUAGUUUUAGUAAUUAUAUGCUGUAAAUCAUCUCCACUGACAGUGAAGGAAAUAUGUUGAAGGAAACAUUUGGAAUCGUAUUAUUACGUUAGUAAUGCCACAGAAUGAAGCUUUGCAUUUUUGACUAGACCAGACUAGAAACCCUCUAAACAACUCAAGUCCAUUUACCAUUUACAUCAGUAAUAAGUGGGAGGUUCCGACAGUUUAUCAGAUUAUUGAAUAAGAUAAUGAAUUAAUUUAUGAAUUAACACAAAUUCUCUGCAGCAUCCCACGUCGCCUGUGCAGCAGCAGUUUUUAUUACUGCAAUAACUUUUAUACGUAAUUCUCAUCUCUUUUCUUUUUUUCAGACAGUCAGUGAUUGUUUGUUUUUAAGUGAAGUGUUGACACCACCGAGGAAAGCCUCCUGUUCUAACACUGUAAUGAUCCGUCCUCUUCCAGACCACCUUUAUAUCUGUUGUUUCUUGUUACAGCACCUCAAAUGAGCAUGUUCACAUCUUCAUUCACUCUAAAACCUCAGGCUGUUUAACACCAGAUAAGUUACAAUCUUUCUCAUCUCCUUUGUUACGGUUUAGCUGUUUGCAUCAGCUGAGCCAAAAUGUAUCUUUUCUUAGGACUUUUGAGGAUCUAAUCACUGCACUUCGUAUAUCAAACUACCAUUACGAACAUAUAGGGCUAGUUUAAGAGGUUGCUUGUGGUAACAGUUAUUAACUCUCGUUUCAUUUACCAAAGAAAACAACAAAUCAUAUACCUGUGUUCCAUCAAAGACGUGAAACAGCGACCACAUUUGUAUUAAUUUACUGCCAUUCAUUUACUGAGGCAGUUUACUCUCUCUGUGUGCCUUUGAAUUGCCCCCCCGGGGACAAAAAAAGUUUUUAUAUUCAAUUUAAUUAAUAACCUCUGUCUGCCUUUUGGGGGGUUUGUGUAUAGAGAGGGCUAAAGCAAGAAAGCUAACAUGUUGAUGAGACCUAGCCAGAGACUUAGACACAGGUUUUCUCUCAGGCUGUGGUUUGUCAUAGAAAUACAUCAACAACUGGAACAUCCAAAAUAUUUAGCCAGUUCUUUUUGUCAUUCCACAUUUAAAAAAGGUAAAUUGCCUUCAUCCGGUCAGGAUGGUCCUGCCCUAGCUUAGCGUUCUCAGCUUUUGAAUCCAGUAGAAUUAAUGUGACUUGAUGUUGUGAAGGUGCCUUACUAUGAUUUAUAUGAUGAUGAUAUAUAUGAACUUAAAGAUAGAUCCGAUUGAUUUGAUUUCAAUUUGAAUAUAACAACCCCAUUUCCUAAAAAGAUGGGACGUUGAGUAAAAUAUAAAUAAAAACAAGCUGUGAUCAUGUACAAAAGAUUGACACUUCAUAUCUCGUUGAAAAUAGAACGAACAAAAUGUCAGAUGUAUAAACUGAGAAAUGCCCAGGUAUCGUCUAUGUGUGGGAAACACUGCAUGACACUAGACUGGUAAAACAUUCCACUUUAUAAUUUACUGAAAUUGGUCUCUGGAAUUCUCAAAGUGGUUAAAAAGUGUUGCUAAAGAAGAGGUGUGUAACAGAGUGGUGAAUAUGACGUGUGCAAGUGUUGCAGGCAUAAAAAUGAAAAAAUGGGCUUUCAGAAAACAAUGAAAUUUCUCAGUUUGAACAUUUGGCAUGUUGUCUUUGUGCUAAUUUCAAAUCAAAUAUGUGGUUUCAAUGUAUAGAAAAUGAUCACAUUCUGUUAAAUUAACAUUUUACACAACACCCCAACUACUACUUUUUAAUAAAUGGGGCAGUGUAUAUUAGAAAGGCAGACGGUAGCUAAAAGGAAAGCUAACCUGUGCAGCAUGUUUUACGUCUGUGUUUUCUAUUUCACUUAUUCAUCUACCUCAAGCAUGUUCAUGGAAAUUAGCCUAAAUUUUACCAAAUGACAGCCCCCUCUUCUUGUAGGUCUAACAAGUUAAUAUUUGUCAGCCAGAGAGCUAACUUUGUUACUUUUUUUUUUCCAGUUAAUUUUUGUUGCAUACAUGAAUCAUUGUUUGUUUUUAUUCAUAACCCGGAAUCCUGUUUUCUCAUCAUGACUGUGUGGUGUCCAGGUCCACCAGACUCUAAACAAACCAAAUGUUUGCAUCAGGGAUCUUUAAAGGUGCUGGUUGAUGGUUAUUGUUAACAAUAUUCAGGCUUACUGAUUCUUUUUUUCCUGACUUAUGCUAAGCUAAGCUAAGUAGCUGCAAAAUGUAGCAUCAUAUUUACUGGAAAGUAAACAGGUUGUUGACAUAAUCCUUAAAUAUAUCAUUAUUUAAUCAGAUGUUCGGUCAGAUAGGGCACAAGUGGACUCUGCAGGAGUGUGUGUGUGUCACUAAGUCAAAUAUCUUCCAUGUAGUUGUGUAGGUGUGUGCGCUAAAUUGCCCGAAUAAAAUGUACAGUCCAGUACUUCUGCAUUUAGCAGAGUCCUUUUCAUUUUGGUAUCUGAACUUCUGUGAUACAAAACAAUGUAUGAGCUUCUUUUGUGUUCUUGAAGUGAUCUGGACCUGUGUUGUACAUUCUGCGACUUUGUACUGAAGAAGCAGCAUUUUUAUUUAUUGUAGGCAGUACAGUGAACAGAAAAAUAAAUAAAACCACAACUGUAACCUCAAGACAUCA